UUCAGCUGAACAAGUCUACACAAUUCAGCCUAGACCAUGCCCGCAAGAUGUUGAGCGGUUUUUUGGUUUUCAACGCUGACACAGGUGCUUUAGUCUACCACCGGCGGUACGAAGCAGACUUUGGCCUUCCAAAUGCGAAGCAGCAACUUUGGCUUGCUGACCCUGUGGGUUUAGCCCUGCAGCUUUAUGCAUUCAGUCGCUUUUCAACAAGUUUACCAAACUCACCGCAGCUGCAAAGUAUGCGCUUCGGAGAAUUGAGUCACUUGGGCAAUGUCUUUUUAGCCAGCGAGCAAAUACCUGACGAUGAAGGACAACCAGCUGUACAUCUGACUUUGGCUGCCUUUGGUGACCUUCCCCAAGACUUGGGUUCACAACUUGCCAAAAUUCUUCUUCACGACUUCAUUGAGGAGAAUACCAACGCAGUUCGUGUACUACACCCUGCUGGUGAUGCAGCUUCAGAGCCAGCCCCACAAAAGACCUGGCAUUUUCAUUCGCUGGAUAUCACCCUUGAGAGCAUGGUUGAUUGGUUGGUUGGGUAUUUGGCAAAGUCUCUACCCCAAUUUCCAAAAUGGGCGUGCUUGCUUUGCUUUGAAGAGGAAACAUCUCUUCGCAAAUGGGAGAAGAUAGCAGUAGCACAUGCAUCGCCGCCACCACCGUGUCCACCAAAAGAACGCAGCGAUCGUCGUCCGCAGUCAUUUGCCAAACGAAUUAUUCAAGGAGGAUUUGCGGCGAUGUCAUCACUUUCACCACGGCGUGAACGACCUGCUUCCUCCUCGGGGGCUCCAGUGGCAAGAGGACAGAUGUCUUGGUGGCGACGAGGAUCAAUUGCCGCAGAUGGUGCUCUUACGAAAGCACAGAGUUUGCAGUUGACGUGUUUCUGGUUUGAAGCCUCUGAAGACACAGUUCUGCCAUCCAAGACCUCGACUCCAGUCUUGGAACUCGCAACCGCCUUGCUUGAAUCAAGCUCUAUCAACGUUGGUUCCACUUUGGUGCAAUUGCAACCGCACUUCUGGUUUUAUCAAGCCACAGGCAGCAUGCACUGCGUAGCUUUUCACUUGCAACCAACUCGAAUAUACUUCGUGGUCCCACUACAUUGCCUCUUUGGGCAAGGCAUGCCUGAAAAAUGGGAUCACUCUAUGUUGCAGAGUGUUUGCAGUGGAGUACGGCAAAGGAUAUCUUCAGAGCUGGCAUGUCUUGUGCGUUGGCUGGAAAGCAAAGCAGGAGGGUGCGGCUUUAUUUCCGCUCCGAAGAAAAAGAGGCACACAGAUCCGGAGUGAUUCUGGAGGAUAGAGUGUGUAUGACAGUGUUUCAUAGCGUUUCACCCUCUUUUUUGAAUUGCUACAGUGCCACACUGAAAUUUUCUGGGACGCAGAUGCAAACUUUGAGUUUGCUUUGCCUUCCCGCCUGCAAGCAUUCUUUUGCUGCUAGCUCAUUGACGUGAAGUCGACGCAAAGAGAAUCCUGAUGCUACACCACGUCUCUGUCAGAUACUCUACAGAGAAAUUCGGAUUGGACAACCAAGUCCAACAAUCUUCUCGGAAAGGCUCUCAAAGGCAUGAGCAAAAAA